AUGGUAAGGAAAAGAUACCGGAUAGUCUCUCAGCCUUUGGAAUCCCCGGGCACAUGUGGAGAUGUGGAUCUGGAGAGUAUAUUACUUCACAAGUUAUUCGGGUUAUCAAUAACACGUGUCCACUGGUUGCAGUACCAAGCAAAGAAUAAUCCGGAAGCUGGACAAUGCGGUCUAAUGGCAAAAUUUGCAUGUAAUGCAGUGAAAACCUAUGGGCAAGGGGCCUAUGAGAACUCUCUAGGGAAUUCUGAAGUGAAUCCAGAAGAGAAAUGGAUUCCAGAGGAAAUCCCACACAUUUCUAGAGAUUUUGAGAAGAUCUAUGAUGUUUGUAGGACUCAAACAGCCACCAUCGGAUCAUGUGCCCUAAAUUCCGAUAUGUGCUACCGUAAUCGUGGUGUUUUACCAAAACAAGCAUGCGUUUUGAACCUGAUUAGAUGCCUUGAUUUUACUCGAAAUGACCGUAAUCCUGAUGAAAACUGUGACGUGGCAAUUGAAGAUGUUCUAUGGAAGUUAGUGAGCACAAAAGAGCAAAAACCAGAAAAGGAAACGGGAGAUUUGAACAUUUUGGCAAUGCAAGGAGUGUUGAAAAAUCAAACUUUUGUUAAGAAAAUUUAUCUCCAAAUUGUGCAUGCAACGUCUUCUUUCUCGUGGAUCAUCUACUUCUGCAUCGUAUUCUCCUGUAUCCUCUGCUCGGCAAUUCUUCUGAUCGCCGCGCUGAGAAAUGGGGAAAAUGAGGAUUACGGUAGAAGAAGACACUACGAUGAUGACGUCAUCAACGUCCGAGUGACUUCCACGUCAUCUGGAGUAGAUUCGAAGAAGACGUCAACGACUUCUGAGGCUUCUGAGAUGAGCAGUUCGAAGAAGUCAUCGUCUUCUAAGAAAUAG